AUGGACUUCUCGUGCUGGCAGGUUCCGCAUGUGCAGCAGACUUUCACAUGGGACUGCGGUCUCGCUUGCGUGCUCAUGGUGCUCAGGACGCUAGGGAUUGAUUGCUGCGACGGCAUUGCCGAUCUCGAGAGGCUCUGCCACACCACGAGCAUCUGGACGGUUGACUUAGCAUAUCUGUUAAACAAGUUUUCAGUCAGCUUUUCUUUCUGUACCGUGACCCUUGGAGCAAAUCCACAAUAUUCUGCUGAAUCCUUUUAUAGGUUACUUGAGCAAUUGCAAGAAGACAUCGAUUGAGUGGACGAGCCAUUUGGGAAGGCGCUCGAUGCUGGAAUUAGUAUUCAAUGCAGGUCCAUCACCGCAUACGACAUUGCUUUUCUACUGUUAUCCGGGCACUGCAUUGCUAUUGCUUUAGUGGACAAAUCGAAGCUAAAUUUGCCUUGCAUGAGUGAUUAUGAUGUACAACAGCACAACGAUGAGCCUGACUACAUGGGACACUAUGUCGUAAUAUGUGGGUAUGAUGCUGAUAAUUGUGAAUUUGAGAUAAGAUAUCCUGCCAGUGCCAGGAAAUGCGAACGGGUGACAAUGAAGAGCUUGGACGAGGCCCGGAAAUCCUUUGGGACAGACGAGGACAUUCUCUUGGUCUCUCUAACAGGAAAGAGUGGGAUGAAGCUGUCGCGUAAGCUACUUGCCUGCUCCAUGUAGAUAAAUAAAUAGGUCACUAGCAACCUUGUGAAUACGUUGUACAUGUCCCUCCAUGUAGAUAAAUAAAUAGGUCACUAGCAACCUUGUGAAUACGUUGUACGUGUCCCUGUAGUAGUUAUGACUGUCGAGUGCCAGUCCUGUACGUAGCUGAGAACAUUCUCGCAGUUACAGCUGAUAGCAGCAGUGUGGUAGUGAGCUUAGUAAGCAUCUUGUAUGUUGGCCCAUGCCGUUCGCCAAACCAUGGCCGUGCAAAGGAGUUCAGUGGCAGCAAGAGGCUCUGCUGACCUUGUAAACGAGCAAGUGUUAUGUACGAUUGUUAACUAAACGUGUACAGAGAUCUUCGGAAAUAAAAUUAAAAUCAUGCUCCUCUC